AUGUCAACAAUGUCCGCCAAAAUGUCUCGUAGCUCUCGGCGACGUAAACAUGCUAUCUCUCAGCUAAAUCUAAUGGUUGUAGGUUUUCAGUCACUUGGUAAGACGUCUUUCAUCAGAAUGCUUUUCGACACACUUUGUGUCCGUAAAAACGCUAAAGAAGAAACAAAGCUUCCCGAAUGUUUAUUCCAAAGCGCCGAAACCGCGCAGGACGCUGAAACCGCGCGUACGAAAGAAUUGUAUUCUUUCACUUUGGAUGUCGAAGAGGAAGGAGAAAAAAUUUCUUUGACCUUAGUUGAUAGUCCCGGGUUUGUAAGAGAUAAUGAACUCAGGCUUGACGUUCAAGUUACGGAAGCAUUAAGAUAUAUUGAGGCUCAGUUUGAUCACACGUUGGCUGAGGAAACCAAAGUAAAGCGUAAUCCGAAAGCUCAAGAUAGCCAAAUUCAUGCAUGCCUUUAUUUUAUUGACAAUGCUAAUAACGGUUUAACUGAUAAGGACAUUCGUAUUUUAAAACGGUUAACCGCGCGCGUCAAUGUCAUCCCAGUUGUUGCAAAAGCUGAUUUGCUCACAACUUCACAACUUGCAAACCUUAAGCAGGCAAUUAAAAGGGACUUAAAAGAACAUAAUAUCCCUGUAUUUGAUUUUCCUAUUGAUGAAGAAGUAGCAGAGCAAGAAGUAGCGGAAGUAGUUACGAACGUACAAUCUUAUAUUCCGUUCUCUUUGGUUGCUCCAGAAGAUGCUACAAUCACAGACCCAUCGACGGGAGAAAAAAUCCGAGGACGUCAAUAUGCUUGGGGAAUUAUUGACUGUUUAAAUCCAAAACAUUGCGAUUUUGUUGUAUUGAGGAACGUACUUUUGUCGAGUCACCGCAAGUUAUUCAAGGAUAUUACCCUGGAGGUGUUUUACGAACAAUAUCGUACUGAGCGAUUGAUGGCCAGAAAGGCGAGUAAGAUGAUCACCAAGGAACAGAAGAAGAAACUGUUGGAGGAUUUGUCGGAAAUUUAA